CCCGUUUUUCAUGCCUUUUGUGGCGGUUGUAGAAUUUAUUUGUGAAUUACGAAAGUAAAUUUCUCUGCUGCGGUUCUGUUGAAUUUUUUGAGUAAAGUGUAGGCCUAAUUGUUAAAAACGAUCAACAAUGGAUCAAGAUCAAGAUGUUAAUGGAUCAUCAAGUUUAGAAUUGAAACGGGAAAAUAGAUCCAGAUCUAGAUCUCCAGUUGAACAAAAGGAAAGAGGAAGUAGGGAUGGUUCUAGAGGUGGCCGUGGGCGUUACGAUAACAGAAAUUCAAGGGGUCAAAAUAAUCAUCGUGUAUAUGUUGCAAACAUACCCUAUGAGUCUAAGUGGACAGAAAUUAAAGAUCUUUUCAGAAAGGAAGUUGGUGAAGUAAAUUAUGUAGAGCUGUUUCAAGAUGAAAGUGGAAAGUUUAGAGGCUGUGGAGUUGUGGAGAUGAAAGACAAUGCCUCAGUCCAAAAAGCAAUUGAUACCUUACAUAAAUAUGAAUACAGAGGGAGAACGUUAGUUGUUAAAGAGGACUUUGAAGUAGAAAGAGACAAACAUGGUAGGCCUAUUACUAGAAGCAGCAGAGAACGUGGGAUUUCUAUGAAUAACAGCUUUGGAGGAGGUGUUAUGGGAAGUGGUUCAUCCAGUCAGUACAACACCUACGGACUUAGUCCUCAGUUUCUAGAAUCUUUAGGAAUUCAAGGACCACUAACCUGUAAAGUGUUUGUUGCUAAUCUCGACUACAAGGUGGACAGUAAGAAAUUAGAAGAAGUUUUUAAGUUAUCGGGAAAAGUUGUUAACAUAGAUUUGAAGACAGAUGAAGAAGGCAACAGUAAAGGUCAUGGUACUGUUACAUUUGACCACCCAGUGGAAGCUGUUCAAGCUAUUUCAAUGUUUAAUGGUCAGAAAUUAUUUGCUCGAACAAUGAGUGUUCGAAUGGACAAAUUUAAAAGUGACGAAUCUGAUGGACUUCCAUCCAAAUUACCAACUGGUCUACAGAGUGUGGGAAAGGGGCUGGGAGCCGGUGGUCAGCCAUUGAAUUUAAACAAAUCUUUUAAUGUAGCAAAUUUAGGAGCCACGCCUGCUGCUGUUUCUGGUGGAUCUUCAGCAAUAGGAAUAGGUGGCACCACAUCUGGUGGUUUAGGAGCAAUGGCAGGAGGGGCAACUAAUUUGGGAAUGGGAAUGGGAACUGGUAAUAUGGGUAAUAUGAAUAAUAUGAGUAACAUGAUGGCAAGUAACAUGAAUGCCAUGGCAUCUGUAGGUGGAAUGGGAUUAAACACAGCUAUGGGAAAUAACAUGGGUAUGAAUACGGGCAUGGGUACUGGUUUUAGUGGGAACAUGGGUGCUGCUGCAGGACUUGGAAUAGGAGGCACUGGGGCCAACAUGGGUUUAGCUACCAACACUAACAUGAUGGCAGCUAUGGGAGGUGGGGCAUCGGGUAUGGGGACAGGAACAGCUCUAGGGCUUGGGACUGGAAUGCCCAACACGGGAGGAUCUUUUGGAGACAUGAACAGAAUAGGUUUUAACCAGUCUACACAGAGUUCGGACACCGUCAUGGUUGAAAAUGUGAGUUAACUUCCUUGUAAGCAG